AUGUUUCAACUCGUCAAGAAGCUCUUCAAAAAUGAACCCCAACCCAAGGGCGCGUUUCACAGGUUUGGCGAGUUGCCUCAGGAAAUCCAGAACUUAAUCUGGGCCUACGCUCUCUGUGUUGAUGCUCCACGGGCCUACUUCGUGGAUGUCAAGGGUUUCCCUAUGUGGCCACGGGAACUCAGAAUCGCACACUCGAUUCCUACAAAUCUUGGUAAUUUCCCUCACCCACCUUCAUCAAAUCCUGGAGGUGAUUAUGACCUGAUGCGAGUUUGCCGUGCAUCGUAUCAAGAGAUCACUCGCUGCUGGACCCUUUACCGGCCACAAGUUCCCGUACGCAUGAGACUCGACAACUCGCAUGACAAUGCUACGAGGGUGAAGGAAGAAAGUGGCCUUCACAUCGACGCAGCCAGCUACUUGGUCAUUGUCGAGAGAUGGUGUCACGGUAACACCCGUGUAAGUGGGUUCCGAGCCGUCUUGAGUUUCGCACCGCCCGUGCCAUAUCGGGGUUUAGAAGCUAUCCGAAGGGUGGCUGUACCAUUUGACAGCGAAUUUGAUUACUACCAGGAUUCUGCUCUUCUGAGCACUCUGGAAGCCGUGUUUCCUGGAAUACAUACGCUAUAUUUCUACGUGAAGCCAGCUCACUUUGAUCCACUCGAGCGGCGCCAUCAAGGGAUACCCGUGGACUUCCUCAUCGCCAAGCCAUGGCCAGGUAAGGGGCCACCAGAAAGAUUCAGGGCUCGUGGCCGUAUAUUCUACGAGCUCUGUCCUGAGGAGAUGAAGCGCGUUGGAAUCAACACGCAUCGCCUUGUUAUACCGUGGUCUGUUGAGAGGUGGAGGUGGAGGCAGAGGCCGAAAGGCAUAGCUUGUAUCAAGUUCAUUACUUGGCAAUGGAUCCAGUGA